AUUAUUGGCUCACUGCUGCAGUGGUGUCACAGUAGCGCGGUACUGUGGGGGUUCCCAGACGGUCACAGCCGGUCACGGUGGGAAGCAAUCGCCCUCCCCAAUUUGCUUUCGAUUCCCUGAUUAUUUUCCUUCCCCUACUCGCAUUUCUUUGAUCCUGCUUAUCGAACCCGCGCCCUGACUUCCAUUCCAUUAUCACCUGGGUCGUCGCGGCUCUCUGCCUGAGCGUUCCUGUCCAUCACCCGCUCAUCUCAACCCGCGGUGUUUGUCUCUGUGCGCCCUUCCUUGUGGUGCCGUGUUUGCUUUCGCGACCUACCUCGCCUGGAGAGCGCCGACAGACGCGCCUGCAACGUGGCCGCCGUUUUGGCGACGCAUCUUCCUUCAUCACCAACCGUCAACUGAUACCCCUCGCUUCUUCAUUGACCCAGCUCGCGAGCCUGAUCAUUCAUCAUGGUGCGCUCACUGCCGAAGAAAAACAACCCUCUCAUCCUUGCGGACGUGGCUCCUGCUUACGAUGAACUUCUUUCGCGCCGUCGUCUGGGAAAGACCAACCUCGCCGUGAAACCCACCCAGGUUGGCACGUCAAAUGCGACAAAGCCUGAAAACCUCGGCCCCUUCGAGUAUGCACACUUGCGCGCGCCGCUGCCUAGAGACCUCAAGGGCUCCGAGAUUUUCCCCUCACACUCGCCUCAACAACAUCCCGAAACCUACUUUUUGAUGAGACGUAGCAAAGAUGGAUUCGUCAGUGCUACCGGAAUGUUCAAGAUUGCCUUCCCUUGGGCAAAGCUCGAUGAAGAACGGUCUGAGCGGGAGUAUCUGAAGACCCGGACGGAGACUAGUGAAGAUGAGAUCGCCGGCAAUGUUUGGAUCUCGCCUCUGCUCGCCCUUGAGCUAGCAAAGGAGUAUCAAAUGUACGAUUGGGUUAGGGCCCUUCUCGAUCCUACCGACAUCGUUCAAAGUCCCUCGUCCGCGAAGAAGCAAAUUACCCCUCCCCCUCGGUUUGAUUUGCCGCCGAUCGAAGCCCCGGCCAUUCUCACUGCACCACGUCUCCGUAGGGGACGGUCCGCUUCUCCAAGCAAGAAGUCGACCUCCCCACGUAAGCCCCGCCAGACUCGCGCCAUGAAAGAGGCCAACGCUGCGGCGACCAGUGCUGCCAACGCCAGCCUCCAGUCUUCUUUGGACUUGACGGCUUCCACCGUGGAGUCGGAAUCGGUCACCGGCACCGUUCAUCAGAGUGUGGAGGUGGACGGCGACGAGAAGCCCGCUCCUACCCCGAAGAAACCGGCAUCAGCAUCCAAGGCGAAGAGGACGGCUGCUCGGGUGGAAGAGCCCGAGGAGAAGGAACCUGAGAAGGUGAAGGUCGAUGUUGAGACCAAUGCGGAAGCUGUUGACGAGGCCAAAACCACCCAAACCACCGUUUCCGUUGAGAUGCCUAUCAGCCUUCCUGAGGCACCGUCUGCUGCCGAUACUGAGCAGAUGAUUGCCAAGGCGAAAGAAAUGGUAGAAGAAGCGGUCAAGCUUCAGACCGAGACGGCAGAGCCAUCGUCGGCCAAGGCAGCCCAGAAGCGCAAGACGGAAGUGCUCAGCGAAGAUGACGAGGAAGAAGAUGAAGAAGCCAAGACCCUCCGGGUGAAGAGGGCCAAGGUUCUGGAGGAGAAGCUGAAGCAGGAGCGUGUGCGGAACCGUGCUCUUGUUGGUGUUACAGCUGCCUUUGCGCUCGCAGCCUCUAUUCCGUAUUUCUUCUAGACACCCUAACUACUGGCCUGGAAGCAAAUUGUUGUGAUUGUGCGCCGUGUCGGCCUACUUACGUCCAGCUCACGUCUGGACAAAUCCGCCAUCGAUUCCCCCGCCCCUUUGGAAAAUCUCCCCCUUAUUCCCCGACUGCUAUGGUUUUGAACGAUGCUUAAUGGAGAAGCAGCCGAAGCUGUUCCUUAUCCGUUCACAGUUUGCCCCUACUCUGGAAUCCAUCCGAGUUCAGGCUUUGGCCAAUCCACCCGAGCGCAUCACGAUCCCUAAGUCCCAAUUGAAGUGAUUCUUGAUGUACCGUAUUGGCCGCGAAUAUUUCUUUACUAAUGAUGCCAUUUGGGUGCGAGUGAUGUGGUUCGCACGGGGGAUUGGCCGGUGAGGUCCUGGCGAUCGAGGAAAGCCUUGGGUUCGUUUCGUUCAUUAUCUAUGCCGUUUCUUAUUAUCUCCUGGAUACCUGAUAUACGCCUCUAUAAUGUGGUUUUUUUACUUUUUUCAAUUUUCUGUUCUACACCAUUUGGACCGGGGCUGCACCCUGGAGUCGUGAUGCAAUCGGGAUGGUUUGACUGGAUUGUGUUCGGAGUUAUGUCAUUGUUAGGUAGAUUUGCAGAUGAUGAAUAUGCAGUAACUAUGAAUUGA